AUGUCCAAGGAAAACGAUCUCAUCUCUUAUGAAAUGUGGCUCUCCUGGCACAAGAUCAAUGGAGACCUAAUCUCUGGUCCGGCGCCUUUCCGCCCAAACUUCGACCCAGAAAAGCAUGCUGGAUACAAAGAUGACUUGGAACCGCGCCCGAAAGUCUAUCGACAUCGCCGACACCAUCUCCACAAGAUGCUGACGGAUCAGGUGGAGCGAGCGGGGCUCACGGUGGAAUAUGGCAAGAAGGUACUCCGGUAUGAAGAGGAUACAGAACAUGACAAAGCAUCUGUGGUGUUGGAGAAUGGAGAGAAGAUCGAAGCCGACGUGAUUGUAGCUGCAGACGGUAUCGGGAGUAAGUCUGGGCCUAUCACUCUUGGAUAUGAGGUUCGAGCGAAGCCUACGGGGUAUUCGAUGUACCGGGCACUGCUUCCUGUCGAGCAAGCUACCGCUGAUCCCGAAGUUGCGGAAAAGUUUCCUAUAGUGGAAGAAGGAGGGGCUUUGAACCAGAUGUGGAUGGGGUUCGCUCGCAUUCCAUCAUCAUCACGAAAGGCUCAUUGGCUGAUUCAGCUCGCAGUGACGGUGUCUUUGCACUUUUUGGAAGAACACAGACGGAUAUGAUAUGGUAUCUCACAUAUCCGGUACAUGAACCCUGCUCUGACAGCCCUAGAAGAUAAGGAGCAUCGUCUCACUGACCACACCCACCAGAACCGCGGCACAAGCGAAGAAUCCUGGUCCAACGUCGUCUCCCCCGAAGAGGUUCUCCAAACAACAUCCUCCAUAGACGGCUGGCCGGAACUUGCCAACCGCCUGAUCCGAAACACCAGAAAGGACCAAAUCCACAAUUUCAAACUCAUGUGGCGCGACCCUCAGCCCUGCUGGGUCUCGCCCGGGGGACGAGUAGUCCAAGUCGGCGACGCAGCGCACACCUUCCUCCCUUCUUCGGGCCACGGUGCGACGCAGGGAAUGGAAGACGCCGUCUCCCUGGCCACGUGCCUCAGAAUGGCCGGAAAGGAAAACAUCCCCUGGGCAACAAGAGUCCACAACAAACUCCGGUCCGUCCUCUCCUCCUCCCCUUCCUCUCCCCUCAUCCUAACCCCCCUCCUUCCUUCCAAACAGUUUCGAACGCGUCUCCAUCCUCCAACUCCUCGGCGUCCUCAACCAACAACUCCGCAACAAAACCGCCCACGCCGACGAAUCCCAAACGAAACCCAUCGGAAUCCUCGGCAGUUGGAUCUGGCGUCACGAUCCGGAAGCAUACGCGCGCGAGAAUUUCUUCCAGGCGUGGGCGGCUUUGAGGGAUGAUGGGGGGCAGGGUUUUGAGAAUACGAAUAUUCCCCCCGGAUAUACGUAUCAGGCUUGGAGUAUUGAUGAGAUUUUGGCGGGGAAGAAGAGGAUGGAGAUGGAGGGGGAUUGGGAUUGA